AUGAAAUAUAAAGUAAACAAGCAUUUAAUUGUAGGCGUAAGGCAAAUAAAACGAGUGCUGGGAUAUUUUGUCGUGUCAGAAUUUAGUGAAUCUUUGAGCUGUAAGCACGUCUCAGGAAUAAAAUGAAGACUUUAACUUUAGUGAUUUUAACUUUGUGCCUUUGCAUAUCUGCAAUAUUGGCUCGACCUGAACCAGACUUUUCACACGAGUCUUUCAGUAACGAACGUUUUGGUGGAUAUGGACAUGGUGAUUUUUCUGGAGAGGAUUUAUUUGAUCGUCGAGGAGGAUAUGGCAAUAGAAAUGGAUAUUAUGGAAACAAUUAUGGAGGUUAUCAAGGAGGAUAUUAUCAACCAGGAUACAGUCCAUUAGGAGUGCUUGGUGGGAUUCUCGGAAAGAAGCGUUAAGACUUACUAAAUAGCUAUAACUUUCUCUAGACAUAUCAAAUUUCAUGUUAAUUUAA